UUGGAGGGCAUUGCGGCUUUCGCCAAUUCAACGGUGACGCCUUGCCCAUGGGACAAUCAGCUUGCAAUGGCAACUCAGAGGGCUGCGGCAGCUCUUGCGUUCGCGACACCAAGCGACCAGAGGAGUACAUGCCGAACCUGCAGGUCGGAGAGGUCGUCGAAAAAGCCAGCCCGUCCCGAGCCGACGGCUGCGAGAGCUACUUGGCGCGGGAUCUGCCAGAGCUUCAUGAGAUGAAGUUCAACAAGAUGGUGCUGAACGGCGACGUGUCCUUCGAGUUCAGGACCGGCUCAAAGUACAAAGGCCAGUGGAAAGACAACGCGAGACACGGCUUUGGAAUGCAGGUGUGGCCAGAUGGUGCAAAGUUCACCGGCAACUGGGUCAACAACCUGGCAGAAGGCCCCGGCCAAUUCCUUCACUCUGACGGGGAUGUGUUCAUCGGCCAGUGGAAGCGCAACGCCGCAGAGGGGCUGGGCCAGUACUUCCACGCCAACCGGCGCAUCACCAUCAGCGGGGAGUGGGUGGAGGACAUGCAGCACGGGUAUGGGGUGGAGCUUUGGGAAGGCGGUGCGCGCUAUGAGGGCCAGUUCCACUUUGGCCAGAAGCAUGGGCUCGGGGUCUACCAUUGGCCGGACGGCUCCAGCUACUCGGGCCAGUGGAGCAAGAAUGCCAUCUGCGGUUCUGGCCACUACCUGGGCCAGGAUGGCCGGGAGUUCAAGGGGAUGUGGAAGGAUGCCAUCAUUCAUGGGUGCGGGGAGUACAAGUGGCCAGACGGCCGUAGCUUUCGUGGCCAGUAUCACUGUGAUCAGAAGGAUGGCUUCGGAAUCUUCCACUGGAGCGACGGCAAGAGCUUCCAAGGCUUUUGGAAGGGGGGCAAGCAACACGGCCAAGGAGCAAUAUACGCUGCGGAUGGCGAUGUGCUGAAGGAGGGCUAUUGGAGGAAUGGCCAAGCCCCAGGCGCAUAGUCAUAGGUUAAAGAGUUGCAGGGCACGCUUUACCUGGCAAAGUCCGGACAAGCGAUGGCCAAUGUGCCAGGUGUUUCAGGGAAGCCGCCAGGGCAUGGGAUACAUGCCGGAGAGACGUAUUGCGUCGCUCUUGGAUUGGUACGAGCUGCUUGGGCGCC